GCGAAGAAGUCCAAGUGAGAACAAUAAAGAGAUGGAUAUAUGGAGUGACUCAUGCUGACGAGGAGGAAUAGAAAUCAGUGAAUGGUAAUCACUUUAACAGCAUCGGUGUAUAAGGACUAUUUCAUUUUAGCCUGGCAUGAUCGACAGUAUUGCUUUAGUGAUUUGAUUCGUUUAAAUGCCCGGAGGAUGAAGAGCUCAGAAACACUUCCAACCAUCUGAUCACUCUCGGGUUCUCGGUGAUGCAAUGAAGAUGGGCGCUAUAUUGGAAAGUCAGGCAGGUGCGGGCGGUUGAGCUGGUGUUGUGUACAGGAAGAAUGCACUUAUCCCAUGUUGGCACAAAGAAAAUCUGCUUUCUGCUCUCCCUGGCAUUCUUUGCCCUGCUGGUGCUCUUUAUACCCUCCUUACAACCUCUGCAGCGACAGGGGGAUCUGCCCCAACCCCGGCCCCAUGCCAAGCCUGCCAGAGUCGGAUGGACCCAUGACCUCCACAGGAAAUCUGUAUCAGCUGGACACCAUGGAAAUGAUAAUGCCAAGGAUGAUAGUUUCACCCACCCGCUUCCUCUUGGGGGCCGACCCAAAGACCCGCAGAGGGUGUUGGAGGGGGCCCCUGCACAUGCCGACCCCCCCAGGUCCCGUUCCAAAGACUCUUUGGACUCAAAAGACAUUUUUAUCGCCAUCAAGACAACCAGGAAAUAUCACAAGUCUAGACUGCAGCUCCUGUCCCAGACAUGGGUGUCCAAAGCAAAGGAACAGACGUUUAUCUUCACUGAUGGAGAGGAUAAGGAGCUCAGGCAGAGAGCAGGGCUCAACAUCAUCAAUACCAACUGCUCCGCAGCUCACACUCGCCAAGCCCUGUGCUGUAAGAUGUCUGUGGAAUAUGACAAGUUCAUCGAGUCACAGAAAAAGUGGUUCUGUCAUGUAGAUGAUGAUAACUACGUGAUCCUGCCCAGUUUGUUGGAGUUGCUCUCUUUCUACUCUCACACACAGGAUGUGUACUUGGGCAGACCCAGUUUGGACCAUCCCAUAGAGGCAGCUGAGAGAGUGAAGAGUGAUGGAUCGGUAUCUGUGAAGUUCUGGUUUGCCACUGGAGGAGCUGGCUUCUGCAUCAGCCGCGGUUUAGCACUCAAAAUGAGUCCUUGGGCAAGUCUUGGAAACUUCAUAACAACUGCAGAGAAGAUCCGUCUCCCUGACGACUGUACAAUCGGUUACAUUAUCGAGGCUCUUCUGGAGGUUCCUCUGACACACACGGGUCUGUUCCACUCGCACCUAGAGAAUCUGCAGAGACUUCCCACAGACAGCAUACUCAAACAGGUGACCCUCAGUUAUGGGGGAUUCGAGAACAGGAGAAAUGUGGUCAAUGUUGGGGGAGCUUUCUCAUUGUCUGAAGACCCUUCACGGUUUAAAACGGUUCACUGCCUGCUCUACCCAAACACUGAGUGGUGUCCACGCAAGAGUCAACACUGACUGGGAUACAAAUGCCUCUCAUCUUGUCUUAAAACUAUUUAUCCUACGAUGAUGCUCUGAAUGAUUGAGGUGGCUGUCUGUAUGAAAGGGCAGUUAACCACUGUUUCAUUCUUUUUUUUCUACAUGCACAGACUCAAGAGCUGUUGUUUAGCUGGUUAAUAAUAUCUUUGUUUUGUACUUUUAUAUGGUGAAACAUGGUGACUAAUUUAUUUAAUUAUUUUCCCCCAGAAAAGUAUGAAAAUUGCCAAGAGAUUGAUGUGUUUUGAGUCCCUGUUUUAACAGGGUUUUGAAAGGAUUGUGUUAUCUCUCAGAUUUACAGGGGGAUUUUUCAUUGAAAUGAUUCAAGCCACAUUUUUAUGGCUUUGACAUCUUUAUACUGUUGAGUCAUCUUUUUUUUGUGGGUCAUAAAAUUGCCCAAUUUUUGUGUGGAAGAUGAUCUCAUCAAUGUCUCUAAGGAAGAUAAAGACAGUAUUGAUGCUGUCACGGCCGGCUCGUAAGCCGCAACAAUAGGGGAGACUACACGUUGGAUAUCUUGCUCAAAGUAUAAUUUAUUAAAAAGGAAACAAGUAAUAAAAGAAUAACUGGUAAUAAAGGAGAAUAACACAAGUCUGGAUCGGGGAGAGGCACCAAUGGAACCCUCAGCACAGGUGAAUCCUGUCAGGACUAAUCAUUGGGCUCAUCAACUUCUUAAAUCGGCCACUACCAAUCUGCAAAACAAAAUUGAACACAAAAGAAAAACCAAUACAGCCCAAAAGUAACACCCUCCCCCAUAAAAAUAAGAGAUCCAAAAGAGACCUGCUUAAAAAAAACAGCCAAUCACGCCUUUGGAUAGCCCCAACCCGUACACCAUGCCAACUCUGGCCUUCAGCAACUACAGGCCCUGCAGAAGCAAAUUAAGAAGACAUGACAAGCAGGGUAGACAGUAGGGCAACCCAACAAGGGCGAUUACGAAGACGUAGGGCAAGAAGGCUCUAGAUAAGGCAUCAUCCAACAUGUUAUCAGAGCCUGUAAUGUGUCUUAUGUCCAGCGCAUAAGACUGUAGGAACAAACACCAUCGGGUAAGGCGUUGAUUUGUGCACCACAAAGAAUGUAAAUAUGUGAGGGGGUUAUGAUCAGUGUACACCACCAAUGGAACAACCACUGACUCAACAUAGACCUCAAAGUGUUGCAGGGCCCAAAUCAAAGCUAAUGUCUCCUUCUCAAUCUCAGAAUAGGUUAGCUGGUAAGAAGAUAACUUUUAUGAAAAGUAGCUCACCGAUCAACAUAUACCCUCACCAUUCUCCUGAAGUAGCACCGCUCCUGCACCCACGUUGCUGGCGUCCACACACAGCUUGAAAGGUUUAUCAAACGCUGGUGCUGCCAACACAGGGGCAGAAGUGAGAAGUGAUUUUGCUGCCUCAAAAGCUUGCUGACAGGCAGGAGUCCAGUUGAACGCAGACUUAUCCUUGAGCAAAUCAGUAAGAGAGUUCUCACAAAAACUACGAUAGUAGCCUAACAGUCCUAAAAAAUGCAUUAACUCUUUCUUUGUGGUAGGAGAGGGGUAGUGAUCAAUUGCGUCAACCUUGGCACGCACUGGUCGCACACACCCCGUCCAACCACCUUUCCGAGGUACGUCACUGUUGCCCUGGCAAACUCACUCUUGGUCAGGCUGACAGUGAGACGCACCUCCUCUAGGCAACUGAACAGUGCUGCGAUGCGACACAAGUGCUGCUCCCAGGAAUCACUAACAACGACAGCCUUUUCCAAAUAAACGGCCACUCCCUCCAACCCAAAAACAUCUCUGUUCUUUAAUCGCUGAAACGUAGAGGGGGCGUUGCGUAAACCAAUACUCAAUGUUAUACGAGAAUAAUCCCGCAGGUGUAAUAAAAUCAGAAAUAUCUCGAGCACGUGGUGUCAGAGGGACUUGCCAAUAGCCCUUCAGUAGAUCGAAUUUACUUAUAAAUUUAGCAGCCCCAACUUGGCCAACGCAAACCUCCAUUCAAGGGAGAGGGAAGGAGUCGGCUUGGAGUCAAUUUUUCAGCUUGUGUUCGGGUUAACUGUAAUGGUCCAUUUCGGUUGUUUGUGGAUGCCAGAAGACAGUAUGCACUCAGACUAGUUUUUGGCUUGCAGACAGACACGCUUUGCUGGAGUCAAGCAUACAGACCAAAAAAACAAAUCUUUUUCUUCCGUGCUAAUUUAACAUUUGCCAUUGAGGUUAUGCAUACUCUUAUUUUUUGGAUAACAAUAUUUCUUAAAUGUUUUCAUUAAAACACCAGUGAGUGUACUGAUAAGACACAUGGCCUUUCAGAGUCUUGUGAUCAGUGUUCGACAUAUUUUUGUUUCACGUGCUGUCCAAAUGUUUCCUUUGAUUUUUGCACAAACAUGUUCCUCACUGCAGGCCAGUGGUUUGCGUAAACAUACCAAAACUGCACUUUGGUUUUACUUUCCUCAACAAUGUCAAACGUUUUGUUCAUGUGAUGGCUUUUCUUUGCAACAUCUCUUAAACUGCCAAAUAUCUUCGGAGUUGACUGUUUGUCAAUGUGUUUUUUUUAGUUUGUGUUUUUUAUCCGAUUAAUUGAUAAUGUUAAUAAAUAUAUUUAUUAUGCAUGUACAGCGUAUGCAUGAUUCGUUUGAACAGUUACAACACAUCUAGUUGUUUAAAACAUUAGGAAAAUCUACCCAGUGUCUGUUUAGUCCAGUGUUCUUUGCCGAUGUAGUCAGUGAAAUAAUUUUUCUGAUGUUUUUCCAUCUUCAUGGAAAAGCAGCUGAUGUAUUGUUCUUUGAAUUAUUUUACUCUUCAAGAGACCACAGUGUUGAUGUUUUCAUUAAUUUCUCUUUUCUGUGCAUGUACUGUAACAGCCCAGAAUCAAAAUGAAGUAACUCAGAUGUUGCAUAUGACAUUGUUUACCCAACUUAUUUGCACAAAAAAUAAUGUAGGCAUUUGAAUAGGCUUAGCUUUUCAUGCAUUUGUAAAGCAUUCAAAAUUGCAACAUGGAAGGACUCUUAAAAGAGCUGUUUAUUCUUUACUAACAUUGCCAAUCACACGUUAUUUGGUCUCAUUUCCAAAUUACAAUGAUAAAAUCAUCAUUCUUUGGGAAACGUCCCUGGUUUCAUAAGACGCAAAUGAAGUAAUAAAGUAAAUAUUCGAAAGGAAACCAAGCUGAGCUCUUGGACUUGUUAGUCAUAAAUUAUAUGCAAACUUUCUUCUGUGGAGUCUAGAGAAAGCAUAUUUCCCCUCAAUAUACUCGCCAUAAUUUAAUUAUCUCCAACUAUAACUCUGUAAUUAUGAUGAUGAAUAAAUAACUGUCUUCUAACAAACAAUUUAUUAAUGCUUUGGUAUGAAUAACAAACUUCAUUAAUGUAAUAAACAGAUA